AUGGUGGUGCAAUAUGGCUCGGAGAAUGGGAAGCUGGUGCGGGAGGCGAAAAAUGAACACCAGCAUGCGGCGGAUGUGCGUGCAGACAUCCGAAACAUAGCUUCCCAACCGGAGCGGGCAGGCGCUGCGUUGGUCGAGUGGUCCAUCGCGCAUCCUGACGGUAAACUCCCCACACGCCAACAAGUCCAGACACGCAAGCAAUACACAAGGCCUGCGCGGGUGGAGGAUAAGAUCCCCGAAGUUCUUGCCUACGUGCAAUCGAUCAAGGACAGGGAAGCCACGGAACCCUGGCAUUGUCGGGUGCUCGAGGUGGACGAGAGUGCCGGUAUUUUUUGCUUUACCACGGACUUUUAUGUAAGCCUCCUGAAGGAGCAUUGGGAGACAUUGAUGGAGCAUGGGUUACGCUUGGCAUGCGAUGGUACGCACGACAUCUCCAACAGUGGCAUCAAACUGAUUGCUGUUGGUUGGUUGGCGCAGCAUGUGCCCCGUGACACCAUCGAAACUACAUUUGUAUUGCUUGCUUUCGCUUUAUCGCCGAGCGAAAAUCACGUGGCGGUUCGCAUGCUUCUUGAGAGCGUAGAUGCACACGUGCGGGAGCAUGUCCCUGAUGGCUUGCGGAAAGCAUCUGUCGCUCAUCUUGAUGGUGGCCCUGCUUUGGUUAAGGGCUUUGUGGAGUUUUUUGGUCAAGAUUUCCAGUUGGUCCGAAGCCUUGAGCAUGUCAAGCGCAACAUCCGGGACCAGGGCGUGAAAAAGCUGACACAAAGCUCUUGGUGGGCCUCUACGAAAAGGUGGGUGUCGAAAAGCGCUUUCAUGCGCAACGAUCACGUGUUCGAUCGAUACUGGGACCACUGCUUCCAACUCCUGGAAGAUGCCGGCGAGUCGGACUUCGUGGCAUACCUGCAGACGGAGCAUUUCCAGAAGGAUGCAGGUGUAUGGACGGCCGCCUGGCGUGCGGCAGUCCUCGACCCCGGCUAUGGUUCCUAUUCGUUGAAUGCGGUGGACUCCUUUUGGAAGUUGCUGGAUCACUAUGUCCCGGAGGAGAAGACUUUGCCGCUGAGGCAGGUUAUGGAGCGUUAUGAACACACGGGCCGAGUUUUCCAGAAUGAUGGGAAGUGGAGUGCCUUGUGUGUUGCACCAUCGACGUUGAUAACCCCCUCGUUGGUCGGGGAAGCAUCCACGAAGUUGAGCCCCCGCCUGGAUUGGAAGGAGGGCAAGCAAGUGGGGCGUAUGAGCUGCAGGACGUUGGAGCGACUGCUUGAGCAGGAAGCACCCUUGAUGCUGCAGUUCAACACCGGGCAAGAAAAUGCCACCCAGGUGUUCUGCAAAUAUGGUCCCUCGGACUUCAACGCCGUGGAAAUGGAAGCCUUGUCCGAUCUGGUGCGGUCGACAUGUUCGGCACAAGUGGACGCAGCAUUCCAGAGAAUUGGGGCCUUGGAUGAAAAUGGCUUCCACCCACGGCGGGUCAGUGCCACCUACGAGAAAUUCACGGCACUGUAUGAAGAGGAGGGUAGGCUGCUGGAGUCCCAUCAGGAUUAUUGGCAACGUGGCAUGACAGAGCAUUUUCUACAUGUCUCUAAAGCAAAUUUCGGUGCCACGCUGCCAGAAGCCUUCUCCUCCCUAGUCCCGCGCUCCACACCAACGGGGCGCCCUCGGGGCCGGCCCAAGGGCGCAAAGCGCACUAGCGGUGCUCGCAAAUCACCGGCCCGGGGCCGCUCCAGGGGCCGUGGAUCCAGAAAAAGGGCCGCGGCAGAUGGGACUGCAGCAGGUGGCCGCUCAAGGGGGCGAGGCCGCGGCUCGAGGAAGAGACCCGCGGCAGAUGAGAUAGCAACAGGUGUAGAUCAACAAUUGGAAGACCUUUUCGGGGAAAAGGCGGCUUCACGCGGCCUGGAGCAUUUGCUGGGGUCAGGUUUUUCAGGCGACACCACCGCGCCAGCAACUCCACCGGAGGUCACCGCGCCAGCUACUCCACCUCAGGUCGCGGCAAGGUUGGCAAUCAUGAUUGCAGAAGGUCGGCUGCCAAGGACGACCGCCGAGCAACGUCGUCGCAACCACCGGACAUCCGGCACCACCUACGGAGUCCCCGAAGGCUUGACAGAAGCCUUAGAGGCUGGUUACAUCCAUCCCAACUUGCCUCCUCCACAGGGCAUGGUUUGGAACUUAAUCGCGCACAAGACCUUUGCGCUGCAAGAGUGUGACCUCAUGCGAUCCCCUUCUGGGGAUAGUGGUGGCAUCGUCUAUUUCGGCUCUGCCUACUUUGCCCAGUGUUCCAGUUUCCUGACAGUGGCGCGAUUUGCCAACGACAAGUACAAAGGCGUCAAGGACCCGGCUGGUUGGUUUCAGAAAGAGGAUACGGCCGAUGCGAGGCUCAAGCCAUCCACCUUCUUCAUCACUGGCGGAUCUUACGAUGUUUACAGGCGGAGCUUGUAG